AUGAGAGUGUUUGUGAGUAAUCAUGUAGUUCUUGUACUCCUUGUUGUGACAACAACUAUUGACGCUUCGCGUAUCUUCUAUCUUCCCCUACCGAAAAUACAUUCAUCGAAAGAACGUUUACAACAAGCAGCAAAAUUUCCAGGAGAAGCGCCAAAGAAACCCAUUAGUGAUGAAUUCAUACCGACAUCGGCACUGGAACAAGAAGAAAUUGAAAAAAGAGGCGAUUCGUUCGAUUGGGAAGAAUUGAUAGAUAAGGAAGCAGCAGUGAAACGUCGAAUAACUGUCAAUGAACUUUUACCUGCAAGUGUCAAAGGGUUAAGUGAACGGUAUCCAUCAGAUGUGUUGAUGGAAAACAAAUUGGUUGAUGAUAGCGAACGAGGCGAAUUAUUCAAUAAAAUAUCAGAAACCUAUAACGAGAACAUUUUGGAAGAACCAUGGCUCGGAGGCAGUGUCAAUGGACGCGCUGAACGAUUACAAUCGAAUGCUGCUUUAAACUCUAGAGACCGAAAACAACGACGCAACGAUACACUAUUUUUCGUAAUUGUUGGAACAUGUUGCAUGAUUGGUGUGGUGGGUCUUCUAGCGGCAACAGUGUUUUGGUACAAAGUUCAGAAGAAAGCAAAAGAAGCUGCUGAUGUCGAAUAUCCAUCAUAUGGGGUCACAGGACCGAAUGCAACUGGUGGUAAGAUUUCACCAAGUUCGACCAUGUCGGAUCGAAAACUGGCUCAAAGUGCACAAAUGUUCCAUUAUCAACAACAACGUCAACAAAUGAUGGCACAAGAAAAAGAUCUUCUCGAUGCAAAAGCAAAUAAUUCGGACGAUUCUGAUGAUGAGGCUCCAGAAGGAGGAGAUUAUACCGUUUACGAAUGUCCUGGCCUGGCUCCAACAGGUGAGAUGGAAGUACGCAAUCCAUUAUUCAGCGAGCCUGAUUCAUCAAUAGUUAUACCACCAACUAAUGCUCAUCAUUCUCAACCAUCAACAUCACCACCAAGAGAAAAAUCAUUACCUUGA